AUGGAGUGCAGGUUACAUCGGGAGCUUCAAGUUGUUAUUAGUGCAACUACACCAUUGAGGGAAAGAGCAUUGUGUCAGUUUGAAUAUAUUCUCAAUUACAAUCCACAAAGAAUUCCAUCAACAUUUACUGAAGUAAAAUGUUCAUGUCCAAAACCAUCAAUUAGAAUGGUUGGAAAUCGAAUGUUUGAAUGUGAACCUUUGCGUUAUCAAGUUCGAGUUCUACUAUUUGAUCCUCAAUGUUUAACUUAUGUUGAGCAUAUUGAAACAAUAGCAUUAGCAUGUCUACCAGUUAUUCAGGUGGUUUGCAUUUUCCCCAAAACAUACAAAAAGACAAAAAAAAAUCAGGGAUGUCACAAGGGUUGAUAGAAAAGUCGGGUCGGAUUUCGGGUCAAGAAAAGUCCGCAUUUCGGGUCGGGACAGUUAGUAAAUUAAGAGGGAAAAAGGUCUGGUUUCGGGUCGGAUUUUGGAAAUUUCUCGACUCUGAUUUGUAAGUAGCCUGUGACAUCCCUGAUACAAACACCCAAAAUCAUCUCUUAACCAAAUUUUCAUUUUUAAAGGCAAAUACAAACGCUGAAGGCGAAUCAGAUGAAGCUAUGGUACAAGUACCUGCAGAUGCACCUUCAUUUAUUC